AUGCCGCCCGCCCGGGAGCGCGCGUGGCCCGCGGAUGCGCGUGGGGAUGGGAAGUUGAUGCACUCGGGAGGUGGCCGGGGGUUAACGGUUGCGUUUCUCCGGGGCCCUCCCGGCUGCUGGGGAGCCAACUCCCGUGCGCAUCCCCGCAGAUGUGCGUGCGGGCUCCGCAGGCGGGCCCAGGGGCGCGCGCACGCUCCCCGUGUCCGCCGCGCGCGCCCUCGCCCAGCCUCCGGGCUCGCGCGCUCCCGGACUCGCCGCGCUCCCGCGCGCGCCGCGCGUCGCUCUCCCUCCCCGCCCCUCCCGUCGCCACCCCGCCCCCGGCCGGGUACCCUCGCCGGACCGGAGAGAGAGCGCCGCCGCCAUCUUAGUUGCUGCCGCUGCCUCCAGCGAAGCGGUGCUCUGAGGAGGGAGGGCGCCCGCGGCGGAGCGCGCGGCCCAGCGUCACGGCGGCCGCGGCGGCGACUCCUCCUCGGACUCCGGUGUUCGCCGCGCCACGAAGCAGCCGGUCUCGGGCUGCCAGGGCCCCGCUCGCCGUCCCGCGCGCCUCCUUGCCGUUCCCUCUGCCGCCCAGGGCCGGCCGCGGCGCCGGGAGCCCGAGCGAUGCUGCGCCGCCCUGCGCCCGCGCUGGCCCCGGCCGCCUGGCUGCUGCUGGCCGGGCUGCUGUGCGGCGGCUGCGGCCGCGUCUGGGCCGCGAGAGUUAACAAGCACAAGCCCUGGCUCGAGCCCACCUAUCAUGGAAUAGUUACUGAGAAUGACAAUACAGUGCUGCUCGACCCUCCCCUCAUCGCCAUGGAUAAAGAUGCACCUCUGCAUUUUGCAGCAGGUUUAUGUCCACUUAAUGAACAGCGCUUCUACAGACAAAAAGAAUGCACUGGAGCACCACUACAGAGAUCUGGUUUCUACUCACAUGGAAGCACAAAGAGUGUUGAGGUGACAGUCACCAAAGAAGGUGAGAUUUGUGGCUUUAAAAUUCAUGGGCAGAAUGUCCCCUUUGAGGCAGUGGUAGUGGAUAAGUCCACGGGUGAGGGAGUGAUUCGUUCAACGGAGAAACUGGACUGUGAGCUGCAGAAAGACUACACGUUCACCAUCCAGGCCUACGACUGUGGGAAGGGGCCCGAUGGCACCAGCGUGAAGAAAUCUCACAAAGCAACUGUCCAUAUCCAGGUGAAUGAUGUGAACGAAUAUGCCCCUGUGUUCAAGGAGAAGUCCUACAAAGCGACAGUCGUGGAGGGGACCAGCAUAGCAGCAUUCUGAGGGUGGAGGCCUUGGACGCAGACUGCUCCCCUCAGUUCAGCCAGAUCUGCAGCUAUGAGAUUGUCACUCCAGAUGUUCCCUUCACCGUGGACAAA